AUGGCAGAGCUCGUAGAUGACGCCGGCUACCUAUUGUCACCGGCGGGGAGCAAGCUGUUCGGAAAGUACGAGCUCGGAAAGCAGCUCGGAUGCGGUGCUUUCGCAAAGGUGUACCAUGCCAGGAACUUACGUACGGGACAGAGCGUGGCGAUCAAAGCGGUUAGCAAGCAAAAGGUGUUCAAAGGAGGGCUCACGGCACACAUUGAACGUGAGAUCUCUAUCAUGCGCCAGCUGCGCCACCCUAACAUUGCACGCCUCCAUGAGGUUCUUGCCACAAAGACCAAGAUCUACUUCGUCAUGGAAUUCGCCAAGGGCGGCGAGCUUUUUGCAAAAGUCGCCAAAGGACGAUUCAGCGAAGAUCUAAGCCGUCGAUAUUUCCAGCAACUGAUUGCUGCCGUCGGGUAUUGCCACUCUCGCGGCGUUUUCCACCGCGAUCUGAAGCCAGAGAACUUAUUAUUGGAUGAGAAUUGGGACCUAAAGCUCACCGAUUUUGGACUUAGUGCCGUGACGGGUCAGAUCCGACCCGAUGGCCUCCUGCACACUCUUUGUGGUACGCCGGCGUACGUAGCGCCGGAAAUUCUCAGAAAGAAAGGUUAUGACGGAGCAAAGGUGGAUAUAUGGUCAUGCGGAAUCAUACUUUAUGUGUUGAACGCCGGUUAUUUACCAUUUAACGACCCAAACCUCAUGGUGAUGUACAGGAAAAUUUACAAAGGCGAGUUCCGGUGUCCCAAAUGGACCUCUCCUGAAUUGAACAGAUUUUUGUGUCGACUUCUGGAUACGAAUCCAGAGACGCGUAUCACUGUGGAUGAGAUGACUAAUGAUCCAUGGUUCAAACAAGACUACAAGGAACUUCAAUUCCAGCAGGUUGACCAUGAUUUUGAACUCAAAGAUUGUGCUAAUGGUGAUAAGAAGUACUUGAAUGCUUUUGAUAUUAUCUCAUUAUCGUCUGGUGUUGAUCUGUCCGGGCUGUUCAAUUUUCCCGGUGGGUCGGUUAGUGGUGAACGGUUCAUAUCGGCGGAUUCACCGGAGAGAAUUAUUGAAAGAAUUAAGGAAGUUGUUAAAGGGGAGGGGUUGAAGGUGGUGAGGCAGAAAAUAUUGGGGGUGGGGUUGGAGGGGCGGAGUGGUGAUUUUGUUGGUGUAGUGGAGAUUCACCGGUUAACGGAGAAGCUGGUUAUGGUGGAUAUAAGGAGGAGAGAGGGUGGUGUUUGUGUUGGUGUUGCACCUGGCCGGGAAAUAUGGAAAGAUAAAGUGAGGCCUCAGCUUAGUGGGUUGGUUUACCAACCGGAGAGGGAGGUUGGCGGUAGUUAA